AUGGUAUACACUUCGCUGACUGAGGCUCCUCGCAACCUCAAGGAGGGUAUCGACUGGCUGAUGGCCGUGAAGGGAACUGAUGGCGAAAACAACUUAAAGGCUAUGGGUGCCGCCGUCUACAACUUCCUCGCAGACAAGCCUGUUGGCAAAAUGGAGGUGCCAGCUCUCGAGGAAGUGAAAGUUAUUACUAAGGAGUUCCUGGAGCAGAAGGAGUUUGAGGACGGUUAUUUUUUAAACAAGUUGCUGGACAGAUUCAAGAAGCGUAUGAAGAAACAGAAACCCGGAUUUUUCGCCAAGCACUUUGACUAUGUCUAUAAAAGCGAUUAUGAGAACAUCAUACAGACCGGAGGUGUAACUGCAGACGCCAUGGUAAAGAACGUGGCUAAAGUGGUGCGUGUUACCGAGAGGUUCUUGAAAAGUAUCCAAGUAGCUGACAAGUACGAGUCUGCUUACAGUUCGGAAGCGACAUGGGAUGCGUCAUGCGCGAAGGACCCGGAAGCUUGCGCAAUUGUUCUCGUAGGGAUUGCGCCGAUGCUGCACACGGGCAUCCUUUAUCUGCAAUAUCGGUGCUUUCGUGCAACAGAAUCAGGUGGGCCGGGUUCUGUAGAGGAGAAGCGUCUUGCAAAUGCCUUGGAAGCACUGGGUUACAAGAAGUCUGAACAAAACGUUAAAAUGGGUGUUUCAGAUAUACUCCGGGCGUUCAGCUGCGUGGGUGUAGAAUUAUUUGUCAUACUCCACGACCUCGCCGGGUUUUGGGCUUUCUAUUGA